GCCGUUUUGACAAAGCGUGGACGCAGUCUGCGCAGGACUACAUAUCCCAGUACCCUCUGCACGGUUUACGGAAAUAGAAGGAUCUGUGGGAAUAAUAAACAAAAAGCUGAGCUUUUGGAGUGUGCAGUAGGAGAACAUGAAGCCAGUGGAUGAGUCGGAUGAGGAGAAAGAGUUAGGAGCUUAUGAGAAGCAGUUACGAGAGAGGGCUAAUCGCAGUAUUCAGCAGCUGAGCAACAUGCUGGUGUGCCAGGGCUCAGACACUGAAGCACUUGAGCAAUCUUGCAGUCUGUACAGUGAACCAGAGAGUUCAUGGCAUCGCACCCGGCAGAGUGAAGCAGUCAGUCAGCUGCGUUCCAUGCUUCAGAAAGAGUCUGAAGAAGCACAAGCAAACUCUCCUUCACCUUCAAAAAGAAAGUCUAUUCUCAAGCAAAAGCAUGGGAAUGAAAAUGAUGGAAGUUUACCACCAGUUAAGGACCUGGUUCCCAUCAUUCACAACCAGUCUGAGUAUAUCCAGCACCUGGAGGAAGAGGUCAAGUUCUGCAAGGAGGAGCUGCUUGAGAUGAAGCAACGUAUUAGAGUUGUGGUUGUGGAGAAUGAAAAACUUCAGGAAGAUCUAAAGGCAAAGAUGGUGGACGACACUCUAAAAGAAUACACUCUUCUUAAUGAGACGGUCAAUGGUGAAAACUCUGUAAAUAAAAUCACCUCAGUACCAGCAGCAAAACCAAGACAGUCACUGACUCACCAAAUGGAAGACAACAAGUGGAAAAAAGAGCUGGAGCAGCUGAAAUGUCUCUACCAAGCACAGACUGAGACAUUAGAAGCUCAGGUAGUAUCACUAAAGAAGGAUUUGGUCAGUUCUCACAAAGAAUGUGAGGAGCUGAAGGAGCGUUUGAGACAUAAGGAAGUGAUGGCUGGAGUACCUGGAGCUGCUCAGUGUGUUGGGGGUCUGUGUUUGAGGUGUGCGCAGCAUGAAGCUGUACUGGCAGAAACACACUCCAACAUUCAUGUCCAGGCCAUCGAGAGACUCACCAAAGAGCGAGAUGAGCUGAUGACAGCGAUGUGCUCGCUGAGAGCCACCCAGAGUGAAGCGCAGCAGAGGGAAUGGGCUGCUUAUCAGCAGGUCAAACAGGCUGUGGAGAUGGCAGAGGAGGCCAACCUGGAGAAGACCAAGGCAUUGGUCCAGUGUGAGCAUGUUUAUGCUGAGUUGGCUCGGCACAGGGAGAGACUAGAGAAAGAGCUGGCCUCCGAGCAAGAGAGGAUCGUCCAGGCCAAGGCGGCAGCACGCUUAGAGAGCAAGAAGGAGAGAGAAGAGCUUGAUCAGAUGGUGAAAUCUCUGACUCGAAGAGUUGCUGAGCUGGAGGGACUUUUGGACCGAGCAGACAGAGAAAGGAACUCUCUGAACACUCAGCUAGAAGAGGCUUUUAAGAAGCUCACUUCUCAGGAGACCGAAAGCAGCAGGCUAAGUGGGGAGCUUCGUUACCAGCUAAGCCAGGCUCAGAUUAAGAGAGAAGAGGCCGAGAGGGAGCUACGUGACUCCUGCUCUAAACUAAACCGCCAGCUUGAGCUAGUACGACAGGAAGUGCAGAAGCUGGGUGCAGAGCUGAGUGGCAGCCAGCAGCGUUUGGAGGAUGCCCAGAGGGCAGAGGGCCGAGCCCGGACGGAGGCAGCCGGCCUGGCAGAAGAGCUGAGCCGCGCCCAGCGCCAACUGCACCUCACCAGGCAGGAGAAGGAGGCACUGGAGCGCAGUUGCAAGCAGGACAUGGCCGCUCUGACCUUCCAGACGCAGCGGCGUGAGCAUGAGCUGACACAGACGCUCCAGCAAAUGGAGGCGCAGCACGAAAAGAAUGUUGCAGAGAUGGAUGCGUUGCUGAGCUCUCAGAAUGGACUGAUAGGAAAGCUGAAGCAGGAAUGUCAUUUUCUUGGAACAAAGUUGGAGGAGCUGAUUCAGACUAGCAGGGAGGAAGUGGAACAACUUUGUUUAGAGAAAGCACACCUUCAGGAGAGUUUGGAGAAGCUUCAGUGUCAUUUUCAUGAGAUGGAAGAACAAUGUAUACAGCAUGGUCGAAUGCACCAGCGCAUGAAACACAGAUUGCAACAGCUGGAUCAGCACUGUCAGUCCAGCGCUCAGCAGGUAAUGGAGCUGCUCGGUAGACAGAACCAGCUUAUGCAGGAGAGGCAACUUCUCAGCGAAGAAAUACACAACCUGCGGGUAAAGGUACCAGUGGAGAGAAGAGAAGCUCUUUAAACAGUGCCACACCAGCUCUAAGAAGUGAGCAAGUGCUGCAGGGGAUCCAGCACCACAGACACUCUUUAAGUGCUACGCAAGAAAUGGGUCUAGCUGGAGUUGUAACCCUUUUUUACAUUUGCUACUUAUUAUUUAUUAAAGUGUUUCAUACAGAUGUGUUACUUCCAAACAUUUUGCAAAUAAAUUAUUUAUACAUUUGACUCAA